GGUCGCCCGGCCGUUAUGUGGGGACCCCGGGACUCGAACUUUGGCUCCACAGCCGAGCCAAUCUUGCUACCUGCCCCUCGUCACGCCCUCCGUUUCCACACCUUUAACGCUUCAAAAAUAGAAGGUGCCGCCCAAGUGGCUGGAAGGAGCUGAGGAAACGACUCCAGAAGAAAUCACCACUGACCGCGACUCCCGCCGGCCCGCCCCGGGGAGCCGAGUCGGCCGACCGUCCCCUCCCCCGCCACCUUCCGCACCGGCCUUCCCGGACGGUAUCCGCGCCCGUUUCCGCUCAGAGGAAGCCCCCUGCCUCUUCAUGCUCCACGCGUUCUUCCUCGUGCGCCUGCAGUUUCCACUUGGAGUUUGGGAUCCUGCGCGCACGAGCAAACAAGCUAGUCAACAGCUGCGCGCGCCCCUGCGCGCAUCCCCGACGCCUACGCCCCAGCAGCCCCCGCGAAAGCGAAGUCGCAACGCAGGCGCACUUCUGUUCACUCCGGUCCCCAGAGAAGGCGGGGUUCCCGCUGCCCGACCCGGAAGUGCUUCUCUUUUCCGUGGCGGAGAAAGGAGACCUCAGAGCUCUGGGUUGUGGAAGAGGUGGCCGUGCAGUGUCAUCAGUAUGCAGCGAUUGCUCUUUCCGCCCUUUAGGGCCUUGAAGGGGAGGCAGUGUCUGCAGCUCUUGGCUCCUAGGGCAGCGCUUAGAGCACAGUGUGAUUGCAUCAGGCGCCCUUUGAGGCCAGGGCAAUACAGCACCAUCUCUGAAGUAGCUUUGCAAUCUGGAAGGGGUACAGUGUCUCUUCCCUCAAAGGCUGCCGAGCGGGUGGUGGGCCGAUGGCUCCUGGUCUGCAGUGGAACAGUGGCUGGAGCAGUUAUUCUUGGUGGAGUAACUAGGCUGACAGAGUCUGGCCUCUCGAUGGUAGAUUGGCAUUUAAUAAAGGAGAUGAAGCCACCUACAAGCCAAGAGGAAUGGGAAGCAGAAUUCCAAAGAUACCAGCAAUUUCCAGAAUUUAAAAUCUUGAAUCAUGAUAUGACACUGACAGAAUUCAAGUUCAUCUGGUACAUGGAGUACUCACACCGAAUGUGGGGUCGCCUUGUAGGCCUUGCGUACAUCCUGCCUGCUGCCUACUUUUGGAGAAAGGGCUGGCUCAGCCGUGGCAUGAAAGGACAUGUUCUUGCCCUCUGUGGCCUCGUCUGCUUCCAGGGUCUCUUGGGAUGGUAUAUGGUGAAAAGCGGACUAGAGGAAAAACCAGACUCCCAUGACAUCCCUCGGGUCAGUCAGUACCGCCUCGCUGCCCACCUGGGAUCAGCCCUGGUUCUUUAUUGUGCCAGCUUAUGGACCUCGCUCUCACUGCUGCUCCCUCCGCACAAGUUGCCUGAAACCCGUGCACUCUUAUGGUUGAGACGAUUUGCUCAUGGAACAGCAGGUCUGGUGUUCCUUACGGCUCUCUCAGGGGCUUUUGUGGCAGGGCUAGAUGCUGGGCUUGUUUACAACUCCUUUCCCAAAAUGGGGGAAUCCUGGAUCCCAGAGGACCUCUUUACCUUCUCCCCCAUCCUGAGGAAUGUUUUUGAGAAUCCCACCACGGUGCAGUUUGAUCACCGGAUUCUGGGAAUCACUUCAGUCACUGCCGUUACAGUGCUCUACUUCCUCUCUCGGAGAAUUCCCCUUCCUAGAAGGACCAAGAUGGCAGCAGUGACUCUGCUGGCUUUGGCGUAUACACAGGGCUCUGUCUUAUUUAACUUUAUUUUUAAAAUCAGUGAUUUGGAUGAAGGUAUCAGGAACAUCUGAUUUGAGGAUGCAGCAACCCAAUAUUGCUAAUAUAAUAGAUGACAGUGGCAACUGAAAACAGUCCCAGAGUGACGCCAUCAAGAAGAAAGUAAACAGAUUAGAAAUAUACUCAUUCAAAUUAAAUAAGUUGUAGAAGUUUGGGCUGAAGAAACCUGGCCUUAUAUCAUUUCAUAUGAAAAAGACUUGAGGAUUUCAGUUGUCCUCAGGUUCAAUAUGAACCAACUAGUAUUCAUGUUGUUAUUAUAUAACACAGAAAAAUUAGUGGUACUUCAGGUUUUAUCAGUAGAAGUGUCACAGCCAUAGUCAGAAUACCCCUAACAUGUUGCAUUUCACUCUGGGUACCAAAUUUAAGCAAGAUAUUGAUGGCCACUAAGUGUGUAUCCAGAAGAAGAGACCAGAAUGGUGAUGAGUCCAGAACCCCUAUCACACAGGGAAUAGUUGAAGGAACUGGGGAUAUUUAACUGGAGAAGAGACCAUCUGGGGAGAGAGCAAGAUUCCUGUCUUUGAGAAGCUGAAGCUAUCUCGUGCAGAAGAGGGAAUGAGCUUCCAUUGUGCUGCAGACCUGGCAGCAAUGGGUGAAAGUUGCAGGAAGUUAGUUUUAGUUCUGUAGAAGGCAAGAGUAGGGUAGACAAAUCAAAUGCUCUGGGGUCAGGCUGGUGGAGACAGUAACACUGGCGAGCAGGUGCCCCAGCUCAGACUAAACUACUGAGCUUUGUUCUGCUGCUGCUGCUCUACAGGUCCAGGGUUGUUAGAUUUCUGGGUUUUUGUUGCUUUUUGAAAUAAGGAAAAUAAGUUUAUCUUAAGUUUAGUUUUCCUUGGAUAUACCUAGAUUCCAUACAGUGACAAGAUAAAUACAAAGGGAGAACAUCUGGAUUUCAUCCUUGACCUCAUUUACAAAGCAAAAAGAGAUGCUGGAUUCAGAUAUAAAUGUUAAUUUUACAGUGUUUAAAGUACCAAAUAUUCUUUUUUUUUUUUUUUUUUAAAGCCACAUAUCUAUAUUUUUCUGUGAAAGCUUUCAGUUAAGUGUUGGGAACUAAUUUCAAGAUUUUAAAAAAUGUUAUGCAGGCUUAACAUGUCUGAGAGCCAUAAAUGACCUAACGUUUUCCAUUUUUAAUCUCUGAACUAGGUGAUCUCAGUUUUCUUUCAACUCCAGUACUCUGGAAGUUUCUGUGUGACCUGUAGUGUACCAUUCUCAGGUAGUGAUAUGGUUUGGAUGUUUUGUCCCCUCCAAAUCUCAUGUUCAAAGUGUGACAUUCAGUGUUAGAGGUGGGCCUAGUGGGAGGUAUUUGGUUCAUGGGGGCGGAUCCCUUAUGCGUGACUUCGUGCCAUCCCCAUAGUAAUGAGUGAGUUCUUACUCUGGUUGUUUACGCAAGAGCUGGUUGUUCAAAAGAGCCUGGAACUUCCUCCUCUCUCUCUUGCUGUCUCUCACCAUGUGACACACUGGCUCCCCUUCCCCUUCCGCCAUGAUUGUAAGCUUCCUGAGGCUCUCACCAGAAGCAGAUGCCAGUGCCAUGCUUCCUAUACAGUUCUAUGCAGAACUGUGAGCCAAAUAAAUCUCUUUUCUUUAUAAA